GGAGGGACAGCUAGGGAUCUGAUGAGGGAUUCACACCCCGGCAUAUCCCCUCUCUUUAUGGAAUGUUGCUGGUAACUCUCUUCCUGCUGUGUUCUGUACAGAAAGCUUGCUCCGAGGAUGCCGGCACCAGUCUAUACUUUGUGAACACUUCCUUGCUGCAGAUCACUUUUUCCAGUACUGUGGGGGUGUUCAUCCCCUGCCCUGCUGCUGGAUCCCCCAGUGCUGCACUCCGAUGGUACCUAGGGACUGGAGAUGACAUUUAUGACGUGCCUCACAUUAGGCACGUCCACGCCAACGGCACCCUUCAACUGUACCCCUUCUCCCCCUCCGCUUUCAAUAGCUUUAUACAUGACAAUGACUAUUUCUGUACAGCCGAGAACUCCGCUGGGAAAAUACGGAGUCCAAACAUCCGCGUCAAAGCAGUUUUCAGGGAGCCGUACACAGUGCGGGUGGAGGAUCAGAGUGCCAUGCGCGGCAGCGCGGCUGUCUUCAAGUGCCUCACUCCCCCUGCCGUGCAGGAGUAUGUCAGUGUGGUGUCCUGGGAAAAGGACACCGUAUCGCUCACAUCAGAGGGACGGUUUGUCACCUCCCCUACCGGUGCUUUGUAUAUCCUGGAUGUACAGAAAGAGGAUGCCCUCUCCACAUAUCGGUGCAUUACCCGGCAUCGCUACAGCGGGGAGACGAGACAGAGCAAUGGAGCACGGCUCCUUGUAUCAGAUCCUGCAGAAUCUGUUCCAGUUCUUCUUGAUGGGUUUCAGUCCCAAGAGGUCCUGGUGGGGGACAUGGUAGAACUGCCAUGUAUUGCCUCGGGAUACCCAAAUUUAGCAAGUCGUUGGAUUAAAGAUGGCCGCCCAGUCCCCUCUGACAGUCGCUGGAGCAAGCGUAACACAGGUCUAAGUAUGACUGACCUUCGUCUGGAGGACAGCGGCACCUACAUUUGUGAGAUCACCAACAGCUUUGGCUCCGCAGAGGUCACGGGUACAUUAACAGUUAUAGAACCGCUCCGUGUGACCCUUACUCCUAAGAAGCUAAAGACAGGGAUUGGUAGUACUGUCAUUUUAUCCUGCACUCUUAGUGGAUCACCAGGUUACACUGUGCGCUGGUACCGGAACACAGAGCUUAUUGAGCCGGAUGAAUUUGUUUCUAUACGAGGAACAGAUAAUGAAACACUUGUUAUCAACAGCGCUCAGAAGAGCCACUCAGGGGCAUACCAGUGCUUUGGAACACGGAAGACACAAACUGCUCAGGACUUUGCUAUUGUGGUCCUAGAAGAUGGUACGCCCCGCAUCCUCUCUUCAUUCAGUGAGAAAGUGAUGAACCCAGGUGAGCCAUUUUCCCUUAUGUGCUCUGCCAAAGGGGCCCCACCCCCAACGAUCAGCUGGAGCUUAGACGAAGAGCCAAUCCAGCGGGAUCCAGGGCACCGUACAAAUCAAUACACUGCCUCAGAUGGAACCACCAUCAGUUACAUGAAUGUGAGCAGUCCACAGAUCCUCGAUGGUGGGGUGUACCGCUGUUCUGCACGCAACUCUGUGGGGAGUGCAGAGUACCAAGCUCGAAUAAACGUAAGAGGCCCUCCCAGUAUUCGACCAAUGAAGAACUUGACAGCGGUGGCUGGGCGUGACAGCUUCAUUCAUUGUCGUGUCAUUGGAUACCCCUACUAUUUUAUCAGCUGGUACAAGGACUCUCUACUACUGCCUGAUAACCACAGGCAGGUUGUGUUUGAGAACGGGACCUUGAUGUUGAGUGAUGUACAGAAAGGGAUGGACGAGGGUGAAUAUCUAUGCAGCGUGCUCAUACAGCCUCAGCUCUCUAUCAGCCAGAGUGUUCACAUCACGGUAAAAGUACCACCCUUGAUCCAGCCGUUUGAAUUCCCCCCGGCCUCUAUCGGACAGCUCUUGUACAUCCCGUGUGUGGUGUCCUCAGGAGACAUGCCCAUACGCAUUACAUGGCGCAAAGACGGACAAGUGAUUGUGUCUGGCUCAGGAAUAACCAUUGAGACCAAGGAGUUCAUGAGCUCCCUCCAGAUAUCCAGCGUGUCUCUCAAGCACAACGGCAACUACACCUGUAUAGCAAGCAAUGACGCUGCCACGGUGAGCCGAGAGAGGCAACUGAUAGUCAGAGUGCCCCCCAGAUUUGUGGUCCAGCCAAACAACCAGGAUGGAAUAUACGGCAAGGCUGGGGUGCUUAACUGCUCUGUGGAUGGUUACCCUCCCCCAAAAGUGGUGUGGAAGCAUGCUAAAGGCAGUGGGAACCCUCAGCAGUAUCACCCGGUUCCUCUCACUGGGAGAAUCCAGAUUUUACCCAACAGCUCCCUGCUCAUACGGCACGUUCUGGAGGAAGACAUUGGUUAUUACCUGUGCCAAGCCAGCAACGGCGUGGGUACCGAUAUCAGCAAAUCCAUGUUCCUCACUGUCAAGAUCCCAGCAAUGAUCACAUCUCACCCCAACACAACCAUUGCAAUCAAAGGUCAGACAAAGGGGCUGAACUGCACAGCACGAGGGGAGCGCCCCAUCAUCAUCCGCUGGGAGAAAGGGGACACGGUGAUAGAUCCAGACAGGAACCUGCGCUACCUAAUAGCCACUAAAGACAGUGGGGAUGAGGUUAUCUCCACCCUGACGCUUAAGCCAGCAGAACGAGGGGAUUCAGUGUUUUUUUCCUGCCACGCAAUAAACUCGUAUGGAGAGGACAGGGGGCUUAUCCAGCUCACAGUGCAAGAGCCUCCAGACCCUCCUGAAUUGGAGAUUCGGGAAGUCAAAGCUCGUAGUAUGAACCUGCGCUGGACACAAAGAUUUGACGGAAACAGCAUUAUUACUGCCUUUGAUAUUGAGUAUAAGAAUAAAUCCGACACCUGGGAAUUUAAGCAAUCCACUCGCAACAUCUCCCCCAUCAUAAACCAGGCCAACAUAGUGGAUCUGCAUCCGGCGUCCGUGUACAGCAUACGCAUGUAUUCCUUCAACAAGAUUGGUCGCAGUGAGCCAAGCAAGGAGCUCACAAUCAGCACAGAGGAAGCAGCUCCUGAUGGACCACCUAUGGAUGUUACCUUGCAGCCGCUCACAUCACAAAGUAUCCAAGUAACAUGGAAGGCCCCCCGAAAGGAGCUACAAAAUGGAGUAAUCCGCGGGUACCAAAUCGGGUACCGUGAGAAUGGUCCUGGCAGUAAUGGGCAGUACAGUAUUGUGGAGAUGAAAGCCACAGGUGAUGGAGAGGUGUACACCUUGGACAACAUGAAAAAAUUUGCACAGUAUGGUGUAGUGGUCCAAGCGUUUAACCGAGCAGGAACUGGGCCAUCUUCUACUGAAAUAAAUGCUACCACACUAGAGGAUGUGCCAAGUCAGCCUCCAGAAAACGUUAGAGCUCUCUCCAUCACUUCUGAUGCGGCCGUCAUCUCCUGGUCUGAGCCUCCUCGAAGCUCCCUCAAUGGUGUCCUAAAGGGCUAUCGAGUCAUCUUCUGGUCACUAUAUCCAGAUGGGGAGUGGGGAGAAAUGCAGAAUAUAACCACCCCACGAGAACGUGUGGAGCUCAAGUCUCUUGAAAAGUUCACCAAUUACAGCGUGCAAGUGCUGGCUUACACCCAGGCAGGAGACGGAGUGCGUAGCAGUGUUCUCUACCUGCAGACCAAGGAGGACAUUCCAGGGCCACCUGCUGGGAUUAAAGCGGUUCCAUCCUCAUCUAGCAGUGUGGUGGUGUCCUGGUUGCCCCCUACCAAACCCAAUGGCAUCAUCCGCAAAUACACUAUCUUCUGCUCUAGCCCAGGAUCUGGACAGCCUGCUCCCAGUGAGUAUGAGACCAGCCCGGAGUUUCUGCACUAUCGUAUAAUGCACCUCCUCCGCGGACAGCAAUACAUGCUAUGGGUGGCCGCAGUGACGUCUGCAGGACGCGGCAAUGUCAGCGAGAAAGUGAUGAUCGAGCCUGCUGGGAAGGCUCCUGCAAAAAUCAUUUCAUUUGGAGGGACAGUGAGCACCCCAUGGAUGAAAGAUGUACGGUUGCCCUGUAGUUCAGUUGGAGAACCAGCGCCAGCCAUCAAAUGGACCAAAGACAGUGAGGAUUCUGCUAUCCCAGUAGCACUGGAUGGGCACCGCCUUAUCCACUCAAAUGGUACACUCACCCUGCGUUCAGUCAAAGCAGAGGAUUCUGGCUACUACACCUGCACGGCAACCAACACCUGGGGCUUUGAUACUAUUAUUGUGAACCUCCUGGUGCAAGUUCCACCUGACCAGCCUCGUCUCACAGUUUCUAAAACCUCAGCAUCUUCCAUCACUCUAGCUUGGAUCCCAGGGGACAAUGGAGGGAGUUCCAUACGAGGCUUUGUCCUCCAGUACUCUGUUGAUAACAGUGAGGAAUGGCGAGAUGUAUUUAUCAGCUCCUCUGAGAGAUCCUUUCGACUGGAGAAUUUGCGUUGUGGCACAUGGUACAAAGUAAAAUUAGCAGCCAAGAAUAGCGUUGGGGCAGGAAGAAUCAGUGAGAUUAUUGAAGCCAAGACCCAUGGGAGAGAGCCAUCCUUUAACAAAGACCAGCACCUCUUCACCCAUGUGAACUCCACGCAUGCUCGUCUGAACCUUCAUGGCUGGAAUAGCGGCGGGUGUCCUAUCACCUCCGUGAUCUUGGAGUACAGGCCGCAGAACAGCUGGGCUUGGCAGAGUCUUCGUGCCAAUGUGACGAGUGAUGUUUUCCUGACUGAUCUCCGGGAGGCCACCUGGUAUGAACUGAAGAUGAGAGCAUGCAACAGCGCAGGAUGUGGGAAUGAGACGUCACAGUUUGCCACACUGGACUACGAUGGGAGUACUAUCCCUCCCAUUAAAUCCGCCCAGGGUGAGGGGGAUGAUGUGAAGAAGCUGUUCUCUAUUGCCUGUCCAGUUAUUCUGGUCACACUAGGGGUCGCCUUGCUGUUUAUUAUCCGUAAGAAAAGAAAAGAGAAGAGACUAAAGAGGCUGAGAGAUGCAAAAAGUCUGGCAGAAAUGCUUAUCAGUAAAAAUAAUCGCAGCUUUGACACCCCAGUGAAGGGGCCACCUGCUGGCCCCAGGUUACACAUUGAUAUUCCCCGGGUCCAGCUUCUUAUUGAGGACAAGGAAGGUGUCAAGCAAUUGGGAGAUGAUAAAGCUACGUUACCUGUGACAGAUGCGGAGUUCAGUCAAACAGUGAAUCCUCAAAGCUUCUGCACUGGAGUGUCCCUACACCAUCCUGCCUUGAUCCAGAACACAGGGCCUCUCAUUGAUAUGUCUGACAUUCGCCCUGGAACAAAUCCAGUCUCUCGAAAAAGCGUGAAGUCAGCUCAUAGCACCAGGAACAGGUAUUCAAGUCAAUGGACGCUCACAAAGUGUCAGAGCUCCACCCCUGCACGAACUUUGACCUCUGACUGGAGGACCGUGGGGUCACAGCAUGGCAUCACUGUGACUGAGAGCGACAGCUACAGCGCCAGUCUUUCUCAGGAUACAGAUAAGGGUCGGAACAGUAUGGUAUCCACAGAGAGCGCGUCCUCAACCUACGAAGAGUUGGCUCGUGCUUAUGAACACGCCAAGCUAGAAGAGCAGCUACAACAUGCCAAGUUUGAGAUCACAGAGUGUUUUAUAUCAGACAGCUCAUCAGAUCAGAUGACAACAGGAACCAAUGAGAAUGGAGAUAGCAUGACCUCCAUGAGCACACCCUCUGAACCAGGGAUCUGCCGCUUCACCGCAUCUCCCCCUAAACCACAGGACAGUGAUCCAACCAAGAACGUGGCUGUUCCCAUUCCCCACAGAGCCAAAAGUGAAUAUUGCAAUCUACCACUCUACAUGAAAUCAGAUCCCCACUUUCGCAAACCAGAACCCCAUGACUCUUGUCCUGUCGUGCCUCCCCGUGAGGCAUCAAUGCGCAACCUGACUCGAAGCUACCACUCCCGUCAUCUUACCCUAGAGCCAGGUGCCAAACCACCUCCUGGCUUAUCCCACUCGACCCCAUCUGGUGUCAGCUUACCUCAGCGGACUCUACUCAUGGGUGGAGCGCAAGCUUCUGCCCCUUCAGCUCCAGCAGCCACUGCGCCAUCUGCCCCUGCUGACCCAACUGUAUCAGCUGGACCUAUUGAAAACCGCUUGCCUGCCCAGCACAGCAAAAUGGGGGGAUCCCGGGACUCUUUGCUGGAAAUGAGCGCCUCUGGGGCUGCCCGAGCACAAAAACAAGGAGCUGGAGCCUACUCAAAAUCUUACACGUUGGUCUGACACCCACCCUCGUAAAGCACCUCCACCCCCCCCAAUUCCCUCACAGACUGCUUCUCCCUCAGCAGUGUCUUGGCCGUAUUUCUAUAUUUUGAAAAACAUUAUAAAAAUGAAAAAAAAAAACACAAAGGACAUAUGGAGAAUUCAAACAAAAACUUGGUGAUAAAAGACGCAUUUUUGUAUGAAAAAUAGCUAUUUUCUUCUUCGGGAUAAAAAACAAAAAAUAAGAAAAGAAA